UCAUAAAAAUCAUCUAUUUCUCUGAUCCAGCGUCGCCCAUUUUAGCUUCAUCCUCUUCCUCUCUUUCGAAAUGGCUUCCAUUUUGGCACAGGGGCUCAUGACGAUGCUCAUUACUUGCAUGUUAGGAGUGUGUAUGGCCAACAGGGGCUUUGACCAUGGCCGUUUAGGCCACAGACACGUCUACCACCACCCAAACAAAACCCAGUCUGGCCCAAACAAGAUUACAGUAGGUGGUUCCGAAAACUGGCACUUCGGCUACAAUUACACUAUCUGGGCUAUUAAACAUGGCUCAUUUUAUCUAAACGAUAUUCUUGUUUUCAAGUACGAUGCCCCGACCAACAACACACAUCCACACAGCGUUUACUUGCUACCAAACCUUCGGAGCUUCAAAAAAUGCAAUUUCAGCGAGGCCACAAUGUUGGCCAGUCCCACACAAGGCGGCGACGAAGGAUUUGAGUUUGCGUUGAAGAAUCGGCAGCCUUACUACUUUGCUUGCGGCGAAGGCAAUGGAUAUCAUUGCAACUCUGGAGGAAUGAAAUUCGUGGUUUGGCCAACGCCUCGCGGCCAGAAUUUUUGAGGAAUAAUUUGAUGUUUUCUGCACAUCGACUAGAAUGAAGACGAUUUCAAAAGUAGUGACAUAGUCAUUAUAGUUUUCAUCACACAUGUAACAUUUUUAUUUUUUUCAUAGUUUAUUUUCCAAAGUAUACAUGCCUUUUUUCCUUUUUCUUUUCUUUUUUUUUUUUUUUGGUGGUUAAAUAAGUAUAUUAAUACAUGGUGUUUGACUACUGUAUUUUGAGUCAAUUUUGUCAAUAAGUCUACCCACCAGUCUUAUUGGUGGCAGUCCCGUGUGUUCGAUGUAUUUUUAUACAAAUAGUGAUAUUGUUUUGAAAUCACAAG